AUGGAUGUAACAAAUUUAAAUGACAUUGACCCAGAAACGGCUAAGCGCCCACCUGUUGAGGAGACCGCUUCAUUCCUACAAAGUCUAAUCGCUUCGCAUGGCCCCAAUUAUUUGGAGAAGCUGUUCGGCAGUAAGGCUCGUGAUGCGCUCGCCCCCUUGGGUGGUGUGGAGAAGGUUGCCAUAGCUCUGAGCGAAUCGCAGACGAUUGAAGAUUUUGGCGCAGCAUUACAUUUAAUGAGAUCCGAUUUGGAACACUUACGAUCCGUCUUUAUGGCUGUUGAAAAUGGCGAUCUAGGCAUGCUAAAAUCCCUGGGCAUCAAAGACUCCGAACUUGGCGACGUGAAAUUCUUUUUGGAAAAAUUAGUCAAUACCGGCUUCCUAGACUGAGUGGCGCCAGAUCCCGCUUCUGGAUUUUAUUAUGCACACGCACAACCCAUCAAUCCCAGUUUCUAUUCGUACUUGGGCACACCCUACGACAACUAUAACUACUAAAUGAAUAGUAGUUGUGGAAAAAGUAGAGUGGCGCUCAAAUAACGAAUGCGAACACAAGCACAAAACAACAAAAAACACACCCAUCGAACACGCAACAGAUUCAUAAAACAGACAUACAAACAAACAGGUGAACAAACAAUCAAAAAAAACAGUCAUCAAUACAAACAGAUACAGUAAAGGAAAACGACAUACAUAAAUGGAAAUAAAACAGUUGGUACAAUAAUUUUUUCUCAAAUUUUAAAGUGAAGGUAAAAUGAAAAAAAAAAACCCAAAAGAAAUUAAACUUCAAGUAUUUUCCAUUUCUAUACAUAUUUUUUUAAUUAUUUUAUUUUUGGAUUUAUGUUUUGAACAUUUUAUAGAAAAGCCUUUGAAAAAAUUACACAAAAAAAAUUGCAAAAAAUAAUAUGUGAACAAAAAAAAUCGAUUUUAUUUUCUGUACACAAAAAAGCAAGAAGAUGUAAAAUAGGAUGAGGAAGAACAAGAAGUUUAGUGAAAGGAAGAUACAUAAAUAAACGGAGUAAAUAUGUAAUUGUAAUAGUGGAUUGUGGAUAUAUAAAUGUAGCAGUACAAGCAGCUACAGUGUUUGUGCUACCAAAAAUUUGAGAAAAAAUCGCAUGAGAUAAAAAAUUCUACAUCACUUAAUCGUUUACUUUAGUGCUAUCCUACAUAUGUACCUAUAUGUAUGUGUGUGUUAGAGUUUUUCGUUUGCGCAAAAAUUUACUCACCUGCUAAACGUGUUUUUUUUUGUUGUUGGAAAAUAUGCGCUUUUUGUUUUUUAAAUUAAAUUU